AUGAAUAAGCUGCUUUCUAAGGUACCUAAAGGGUCCAUUGUGUGUAAACUGCAAUUCAGACUCACCUGUCCUCAGACCCACCUGUCCUCAGACCCACCUGUCCUCAGACCCACCUGUCCUCAGAAACUCACCUGUCCUCAGACCCACCUGUCCUCAGACCCACCUGUCCUCAGACUCUCCUGUCCUCAGACGCACCUGUCCUCAGACCCACCUGUCCUCAGACUCUCCUGUCCUCAGACGCACCUGUCCUCAGACUCACCUGUCCUCAGACCCUCCUGUCCUGCCGCUGUGCUGCUGCCUCCCUCCAGCAGGGGUCGCUGUCUCUCUCCGCUCCGUUCUCUUCUCUCUGCUUCUUUCUCGUCGUCGACGCGGAACUCGGAGUGUUUACCUCCCCGCUGGCUCUCUUUGUUCUGGAGGCUCCGAGUGCGGAGAAGCCGCAGAAUGUGCGCCGUGCAGCUGCUGCGGGUGUCGGUCCAUGAGCGGAUCAGCGCCGCCGCCGAAGACUUUCUGCUGCAGCUGGAAAAAGGACAAGAAGCGGCGGAGCUCCCGGCGCUGAGAGCGCUGCUCACCGAGCGGCUAACGGCGGCUGCGGAGGAGAUCGUCGGUCUGUUGGAGGAAACCGUGGCGGACUACGAGGACCGAGUGGAGCGAUCAGAGCGGGAGAUCUGCCGCCAAAGGAGGCUGCUGGAUGCCGUGCUGAAGCCCGAAGUCCGGCUGUACCGAGCAGAUGUGCAGCUGCUAUUGAUGAACAAUGAAAAGGAGAAAAUGGAAAAAUCAGGUUCAGAAGAUGAGACUGACGGCCGCCGGAAUCAGUCGAAGGACAGACACGAAUCAGCAACUCAAGACGGAAAACGUUUCUGCUGCUCGCUGUGUGGUAAAGGCUUCUCCAAGAUGACUGGUCUGAGUUACCACCUGAAAAUUCACUCAGGAGAGAAAUCCUUCAGCUGCUCAGUUUGUCGUAAAAAAUUCAGAAAGAAAGGACAUUUAAAAUAUCACGCAUUGAUCCACACGGGGGUGAAACCGUUCAGCUGCAGUGUCUGUAACAGAACGUUUAGGUGGCCGUCGCAGAUCAAAAUCCACAAGUGUGUUCGAGAGUCACCUCAGCGCCUCCUUAAUAAACAGAAAAAAAUGUUGAGCUGCUCAAAGUGUGGUGAGAAGUUUUCAGAUGGAUCGCUGCUGACAGCACACCGGAGGAUUCACCAGGAGAAGAAGAAGAUGUUGAGCUGCUCAGUCUGUGGCCUGCAGCGGCAGUUUCAUUCACAGAUGAAGCUGCACAUGAGGAGCCACACUGGAGAGAAACCAUACAGCUGCUCCAGCUGCUCCAAGAAGUUCACACGGAAAGCCAUGUUGACACAACACAUGGUUGUGCACUCAAAGGUGAAACCGUUUAGCUGUAUCGACUGUGGGAAAAGAUUCUGUUGGAACUUUCAGCUCAAAAAGCACAAAUGUCCUGCAAAGUCAUCAGCCACAGAUGGACUGUUCAAACGAGGCACAUAUAAAAAGUCUAAAGCAUCUGUCGAACCUGACGACAAUGACGGUGACUUUUGGAGAAAGACCAGGAAACACUGGUCAGGUUUCACUUAUAACAGGAAUAAAAAUGAAAGAGGCAUGAGUGACAUAGGAUGUAACAUGAAGAAGAAACCAUUGAGCUGCCCCAGCGACAAGACUGAAGUUGAACACAAGAAUGAGGCCGAAGAUGCUCCAUCUACUUUAACCUCUGAGAAACACUGCAAAUUUUCUGAGAGUGAGAUACAGAGGGUGGUGAAGCAGGAGGAACCAGAGCCAACAGAUGUUAAAGAGGAGCUGGAAGAGCUGGAGCUUCCAGGUAUAAAAGAGGAACAGGAAGAAACUGAUAUCACCAAGUUCACCCUCAGUUCUGUCACCAUGAAGACUGAAGAAAAUGAAGAGGAACCUCAGUCCUCACAGCUCCACCAGGGAGACUCUGUGGAAGAACCAAAACCAGUUUCAAAUCCUGACAACGAGAUCUCGGACCCCUCAGAAACGGAUGUCAGUGAUGGCGACUGGGGAGAAACCAGGGAAGCUCGGUCAGAUUCAAACAGCACUGUGGUUAAUGUGAGGCGUAAUGGCGAGAAAUCAUUUGUCUGUCCGGUGUGCGGGAAAAUCUUUGGCCGAAAGGGGAAUCUGGAGACUCACUUAAGGACUCACACCGGAGAAAGACCAUUCAGCUGCCCUCUCUGCAACAAAACUUUCACUACCAAGUUAAUUAUGAAGAUGCACAUGUCUGUUCACACUGGGGAAAAACGCUUCACCUGCCACAUCUGUGGGAAAAAGUUCAACUGGCACUCACAGAUCAAAUACCACAAGUGUGUUCAGUAUGAAAUUGCAGAACCAGACCUAUGUUUAGGAACAACUUUUGUUAAAACUAAUUUCAGAGAAGCUCGGUUUGGAUCAGACUCAGAUGAUGAUGGUGAAAUUUUUCCUCAGAGCAGACUUCUGCAGCAAAAAUGUCAGAAACUUGAAGACUCUGGGAGUCAUUCUGAUGACAAUCAGAAGAGUCAGAAAACACCUGAAGACAGAAACGCUCAGCAGACACACCUGAGACAUUCGACCACAGAGAAACCAUUCAGUUGUUCAUUCUGUGGCAAAGAAUUUGCUACAGGAGGAUGUCUGACACGGCACAUAUCGAUCCACACAGGAGAGAAACCGCUCAGGUGCUUCAUCUGUGAGAAAACCUUUAGUGAGGAGUCAAUGCUCAUCAGUCAUGAUUGCAUUGGUGAGUCCUCACAGCAUCGUCAAACAAAGGAACAGCUGACUGCCAAUAAAACAUUCAGCUGCUCAGUGUGUGCCGAAAGAUUCAGCAGACGUGAAGAUUUCAAUUGUCACUUUAGACGUCACCAGAGAUGUUCGGUGUGUAACGCUGGUUUUAGUGACAGAGACUCUCUGGUUCAACACAUGAGAAGCCACACAAGACAAACACAAUUUAUCUGCUCAGUUUGUGGGAAAGACUUUGCAUGGAGAAGACAUCUGACCAAACACAUGGAAAAUCAUGUGAAGAAACUGUACCGCUGUGGUGUUUGUGGCGCCAGCUUUGUUUCCUAUUAUCGUUUCACGAAACAUCAGCGUGCUCACCAGUCCUCACAGCUUCAUCAUAGCAGCUCAGCUGAACACAUGGAGGCUGGUGGAGAGAACUUUGGAGGAGCAGAACUAGAACCACAUUUACAAGCAGAUAAUGAAAACAAGGCUGCAGAUUGUUCUGACCCGAACACUGAUGACAGUGACUCUUUGAGACAAAACAAAGAAGCUAAGUUGAUUUCUGAGCAAGACAGAAACUUACUCAGCUCUUCUGAAGAGAAGAAUCUGCAGCUGCAGAGUGACGACAGCGUUGACAGCGACUUCUGGAAGGAUGACAGAACACCAGGCUUCAGUUUGGACUCAGAGUUUUUCAGGCAAAAAUAAAUCUGAGGACAUUCUCACAUUCUGACAGAUGUCUGGUCUUUAAAAUGUCAGAAAAUAGUGAAAAAUGUGGAUCAGUUUCCUCAAAUGUCUUAUUUUGUCCAAAGAUAUUCUGUUUGCUGUCAUAGAGGAGAAAAGAAACCACAAAAUAUUUACACUGAAGAAUUUAGUCUAUUUUUCUAAAAAUGUUACUCUAUUGAUUAUCAAAAUAAGUGCAAUUUGAUUUAAAAGUUUAUAGCUCACUGAUUGAUUGUUGUAGCUCUGCAACUCACACAGAGAUGAAAGUGAAUGAAACUGCUCUUUCACCAGCUUCAUCUUAAACACAAAAAACACAGACGGGUCAAUUUUAUCUCCUGUACUUUCUUCGAUCCAUGAAACUGUGAUAAAGUAAAACUCUACAUCUAUCCAUUCAGGACGUUCCAUUGAAUUUGUUGAUUAAUCAUGAAUUAUGGGGACACUGGAAUAGAAAAUAGCAUCAUUUUUACCUCAAACAGCUGAGCUCAUAGAAAACAUUUUCACUCCUAGCAACACCCUGUAAUUAUAGGUUAUUUGAUCAGCAUUUUAUUGUAUGAUGGUGCUGAUCAGAUAAAUCCAUGGAGAGGUGAGGAGAGUUCAGAGGAAGAUGGAUAUCAUUAUAGUGAACCACUUGUCAGAACAGAAUGUUGAAGCUGAAAAUCGCUGAAACGACCAGCAGAUCUAAGAGCUAAAAAACACACCAGUCUUACAUUUUAACUUUUUAUAUGAGGUGUGCAGCACAGAGCUGAUACAUUAAGUGUUUGUACUUUAAAUAAAAAGUUUAUAUCAAACAGAGCUUCCACUUCACGGUCUUGAUAAGGGCAGACAGAACUUUAUUAACCUACAGGAAACUUUCAGUCAAUCCAUCAGUAUUUGUGUCAGUAUCAGGUGAGGUUUGUUGAGUGACUUUAUUCCUCACAGAGUCUGCAGACUUGAACUCUGCACACAGCAAAUAUGAAAUGAUCUGAACUUCUGUUGCACCUUUAUACUCAUGUAUGCUUUAAAAGGUGUUUCUGAUUCUUACAUGCAGUGAGUCUGAACUCGAGGAGGACAUCAAACCUACAACCAGCUCUGAAUGAAGCUCUUAACGAACAGAUGGUUCAGAACAGGUGGAUCUGACACUUCUGUCAAUAAAACAACAGCAAUUUAACCUUUUCUGUCUGCUUCUAUCAGACAUUUCUGUUAACUGAAACAGCAGCUUUUUACCAAAAAUUACCAUUCUUCUAAACAUAUUUGACUGUUUUGAUCUGGAACGAGACUAAAGAAACUGGUUUAAAUCCUUGUUUUCCAAAGUGUUACUUAUUUUAAUAACACUUGAAAACAACAAAAGCACUCAGAGAGCACAGUAUUCCUCCAAUGCUGCUCAGUUGUUGUAUCAUUUCUGACAGAUAAGUCCCAAUAAGCCUGCAGUGGUGGAUUUGUAUUAGAAUCGCAAUCAUGUGAUCGUCAGCAGGCAGCUGGCAUAGUGUUCACUUGUCAUGGUUACAGUGACGCUGUGCUGCUAUCUGGCAAUGAUACAGAAAUCUUUAACAAAUCUGUGGAUCCAGACUAUAAGCUGCAUCACUGCCAAAAUCUAAUCACUUGGUCCUUGUGUCAUUUCUGACCUUCCCUGAAAAUUUCAUCCAAAUCCAUUAGUCCGUUUUUGAGUAAUGCUGCUAACAGACAGACAGACAGACGCCGAUCGUCACAUAACUCUACCGCAUUCCUUGGUGGAGUAAGGAAUAACUUUACUGUUUAAUAAAGCUUUGAAAUCACUAAAACUAUUGUGACAGAUUCUCUAAAAUGUUCUUUAAACCCGAUUUUCCUCCAAUAACUGCAAGAAAUAGAUUUCAGAAUUCAGACGAAAUCAGAGUGGAAAAGGUCCAGAUUUUGUCGCUGCAAUAAAGUAUAUUUUUACUGAAUAAUAGUCGGAGUUUGAUGUCAAAUUUGACCAAAACAAAGAAGCUACAACACUGUACUGUUCGUCAGUUUUUGUGCUGAUCCUGAAGCAGAUCAAAUCGGAGCUCAGGUGUUUGGAGGUGAAGUUGGAUUCAUGUUAAGGCUCAGAAAUAUUUUGACUUUCUGUUUGUUUCCGACUGAAUGAAGUCUGGUUCUUCUGUAUUUCUUUAUUACAUUUUGGAAACAUUUUCCAGCUUCCUCGGGUUCACUGAAUAAAGCUGCUCAGUUUUUUCACAGUU